GCCCUUUCGGCGGAGGCGGCCACCCUCAGUUCUGAGGACAGCUUACAUUAGCCAUGGACUGCUCACAGGAUUCUCUUAGAUGGGCCAUGUGUAAUGGAAUUCCACCUGAUAAGAAAAGCAACUCUCUUGUGGCUGAAGAACAUGGGCAACAAAUUUUAAAUGUAUUACAGAAUUUUAGAGAGAAGAAUGUCUUUUAUGAUUUUAAGAUAAUCGUAAAAGAUGAAAUAAUCCCAUGCCAUCGUUGCGUAUUAGCAGCUUGCAGUGACUUUUUCAGGGCUAUGUUUGAAGUAAACAUGAAAGAGCGAGAUGACGGGAGUGUUACCAUUAGUAAUUUGUCCCCCAAAGCAGUGAAAGCUUUUCUUGAUUAUGCCUAUACUGGAAAAACAGAAAUAACAGAUGACAAUGUGGAAAUGUUCUUCCAGUUGUCAUCAUUUCUUCAAGUUUCACUCCUUUCCAAAGCUUGCAGUGAUUUUUUAAUAAAAAGUAUUGAUCUUGUCAAUUGUUUACAGUUGUUAUCAAUAUCAGAUAGCUACGGUGCUUCCCAUUUGUUUGACCAUGCACUCCAAUUUGUACAGCAUCACUUUUCUCUACUACUUAAAUCCACAGACUUUUUAGAGAUUAAUUUUGGAGUAUUGCAAAAAUGUUUGGAAGCAGAUGAAUUAAAUGUUCCUGAAGAAGAAGCUGUGUUGAAAGCAGUUCUUAAUUGGACCAAACAUAACCUGGAAUCAAGGCAAAAGCAUCUGCCUCAUUUGAUGAAAAAGGUACGCUUACAUCAGUUAUCUGAGGAGACUCUUCAGGACUGCCUGCUCUCUGAAGAUCACUUACUCAAAAGCACCAAGUGCUUUGACACAAUCAGGGAUGCAAUUAAGAGUGUGCAGCGUUCCAGUGGACUCUUUCCAGAUGCACGUCCGUCCACAACUGAAAAAUAUAUAUUUGUUCACAAAACUGAAGAAGCAGGAGAAAAUCAGCACACAUUUUGCUAUAAUAUUAAAACAGAUAAGUGGAAAGUGCUACCACAGACUCACAUGAUUGAUUUGCCGGGAUCUAGUCUAUCUAGUUAUGGAGAGAAAAUAUUCAUGACAGGUGGUUGCAAAGGGAAAUGUUGCAGAACUGUUCGACUCCAUAUUGCUGAGUCAUAUCAUGAUGCAACUGAUCAGACUUGGUGCUACUGCCCAGUCAAAAAUGACUUCUUCUUAGUAUCGGCAAUGAAAAAACCAAGAACCAUGCACACAUCAGUUGUGGCUCUUAAUAAAUUGUUUGUUAUAGGUGGAAAGACUAGAGGAGCUCGGGACAUUAAAAGUCUGUUGGACGUCGAUUCUUACAAUCCUCUUUCCAAAGAGUGGUUAUCUGUAAGCCAGUUGCCUAGAGGCAUAUACUACCCAGAAGCAAGUGCAUGCCAAAAUGUGAUUUAUGUUCUUGGAUCUGAAGUGGAGAUUACUGAUGCCUUUAAUCCGUCUCUUGAUUGUUUUUUUAAAUAUAAUGCCACAAUUGAUCAGUGGUCUGAACUAGUAGCAGAAUUUGGCCAGUUUUUUCAUGCAACAUUAAUCAAGGCAGUGCCAGUGAAUUCCACACUGUACAUAUGUGACCUUUCUACCUACAAGGUUUAUAGUUUUUGUCCAGACACUUGUGUUUGGAAGGGAGAAGGGUCUUUUGAGUGUGCAGGAUUUAAUGCAGGUGCAGUUGGAAUUGAAGAUAAAAUUUACAUAUUAGGUGGUGAUUAUGCUCCAGAUGAAAUUACAGAUGAAGUGCAGGUCUACCACAGCAACAGAUCUGAGUGGGAGGAAGUGUCGCCAAUGCCAAAGGCAUUAACUGAAUUUUACUGCCAAGUAAUUCAGUUCAAUAAAUAUAGGGACCCCUGGUUUUCUACUUAUUUGUAUUAAUAGCAUGUAGUACAAUCUCUUUCUAGAACUAUUUCAGUUCCAAAAGACAUUUACAGUAAACUCUGCCAUCUGGCAUGAUUGAGAAAAGGUUUGUACUUGGCUAAUCAAAAACUGUGGUUAACUGAGAACUAGCACAUAAAUUCAUAAAGAUGUAUUAUUUAUAUGUAAAUACAUACAUG